AUGUCGAACCAGCUGGUGGGCACGGUGUUCGAUCUCGUGAUUCAGGAAGUCUGUGAUUCCUCUCAGGUUGAUUUCGAAGAGAGUGGCGUGGACCAGCAGACGUUGUUAGACCUGCGACAGAGCUGGCAGAAAAAACUCUCAUCGCUCGGUGUCGCCCAUUUUCCUUGGGAUCCGACACCCCAAGCUGCACCGGCCCAAUCUCAGAACCAGAUCCUUCCUCCUACCGCGACCGUGCCGUCGAAUGCUCCCAGACCUAACCCUCCUCCUCAGACCCAACAACAACAGCAGCAGCAGCAACAGCAACAGCAACAUGUUCCUCACUCAACACCACAAUCCGUCUCCGGCACAGUGCCCCCGCUUCAGGCACCCACGCCCGUUGGAGCACCCAACACAAUGAACCAACAACCAUAUAUCAAGACUGAGCCCGGUUUGAAUGGUCAGACAGGGUACCCACCGAUGAAUAACAUGAUGGCAGCAAACCCCAACCCUCAAUCUGCCCGUGAGCGUGCUGCCACCUUGAUGCAGCAACGAUUUGGGGCUGCUGCCGCCAACUCCGUCAGCCAGCUUCAAGCCCAGUCACAGACACAGCCGCCACCGUUGACUAUGCCGGGACAGCCACGUCCACAAAAUCCUCAGCCACAGCAACAACAACAGCAGCAGUACCAGGUGUCCAACGGCCAGGCCUCCCAGAUCAAACAGGAACCCGGCUACCCGCCCAUGAGCCAGCCAUUCCUGGGCAAUGCCCAAACUGAUGGCGCUGGCGAUGCAUUGUCAGACUGGAAAGCGGAGGUUGCUCGACGGCGGGAAGCUGCCCAGCGUGAGCCGGGACAGAAUGACAGAGUCCUCCGUGAGCACUUGAAACACCGCAUGCUCGACAUGGAGGGUGGUGGUCUUCUCGUUCCGUUGGAGGAGCGUCAACGAAAGCCAUCAUCGUCAUCGACACGCAAACUUGCUUCUGAUCUGGCUGCUCCGGACGCAGAGCCAUCCUCGUCGACUUCGAUUGCGCAAGCACCCCGAGUACAAGCACAAUUCGAUGGCCCUGGCGGUGAUGACGAAGGAGCUGAAGACGACGAAGACGCUAUCAACUCUGACCUCGAUGAUCCUGAAGACCACGAGGCUGAUGAGAACGAAGCUGAAGACGCCGUUGGUCAGGUCAUGCUCUGUACCUAUGACAAGGUGCAGCGGGUGAAGAACAAGUGGAAAUGUACCUUGAAGGACGGUAUUCUGACCACUGGCGGUAAAGAAUACGUCUUCCGUAAGGGCCAAGGCGAGUUUGAAUGGUAG